AUCAUGGCGUGCACCUGGUUUGCAGACAGUCUUGUCUACUAUGGGCUGAGCCUUAGCGUGACAAGUUUUGGUCUGGACAUCUACCUGACGCAGCUUGCCUUUGGGGCGGUGGAGUUACCAGCUCGACUUUGCUGCAUUUUCCUGCUGCAGUGGUUUGGGAGGAAGAAAACCCAAGGUGUUCUCCUGCUGCUGUCUGGCCUGUUAUGUCUUGUCAUCACUGGUAUCCCUGAAGCCCAGCCUGUAGCAACAACUGUCCUGGCCAUCAUUCGGGCCAUCAUUGGCAAAUUUCCAGCCACAGCCUCCUUCUCCACCUCCUACGUCUACUCCGCAGAGCUCUUCCCCACAGUUGUCAGGCAGACCGGUGUGGGGUUGUGCUCCAUGUCGGCGCGGGUGGCAGGGAUCAUGGCCCCACUGAUCCGCCUCCUGGGCCAGUACCACCGGGCCAUCCCCAUGGCCAUCUUCGGGAGUGCCCCUGUGGUGGGGGGUCUGCUCUGCUUCCUGCUGCCUGAGACCCGUGGCACCGACCUGCCAGAUGACACAGGGGCAGCCGCUCCCCAGCUGAGCAGAAGACUGGAAAUUUUGUCCAAGAGAGAUAACACAGAGAAUGGAGUUGACCUGGAGAAGAACAGCAACAAAUGCUCGGAGAGCAAGUGA